UGUGUGAACGCGUUAAGUUGGAAAGAAUUACUCGACUAACCAAACUGUUUAGAAAGGAUGUGCCUACAAUGAAAACGAAUUCGUGCGUCAGACAACAACAGAAAGAAACAGUUUGUUUUUAAAUAGCUAAGCGAAAACCAAAAAUUAAAAUACCUACAUAAAAAAGGCAGGAAAAUGCUUUUGAGCAAUCAACUCGCUGCCAGUACGAAGUCACAGCAGCAGCCACAACUUCCACAAAAUUUCAAAGCUAAGCUACAGCAGCAGUUAGCAACAACAACAACAACAACAACAGCCAAUAUUGCCAACGGCAUUGGCCUCAUCCACAACCAUAACCUUAACAACAACAACCACAACAACAACAAGAUCAAUAGCAAUAGCAACCACCACCACAACAGCCAUCUGCAUAAUCAACACCAUCAUCAGCAUAAUAUUUCCUUUGCCACGGAUUUCUCAAUUGCUGCGAUUAUGGCGCGAGGCGGAAACGCCUCAAGCCGCGAGCCAUCGGAAAGGAGUUUGAGCCCACUAUCUGUGGAGCGUUAUUCCACGCAGGACCACGACGGAGACGGAGACGCCGAUGCCGAUGCCGAUGUCGACGCCGACGAUGAUGUUGACGUUGAUGUUGAUGUUGUCGACUGCAGUGACUCGGAAUCGCCGGCGGCGCUGACACAAGCGGCAACAACUGCAUCUGUGCAACAUGCGCGCCAUGCGUUGCGUGUCGCCCAACAACAGCAUCAGCAACAGCAGCAACAACAACAACAGCUGCAGCAGCAACAGCUCCAACAGCAACGGCAGCAGCAACAACAUCACCACGCAACUCCAAACAAGCAGCGCCAACAUCACAAUCAUCAUCACAACAACAACAACAAUUGCAGUACCAACAACAACAACAGUAAUCACAGCAAAUCAAGCAGCCAUCGAGGGCGUGUUGCUGCCACAUCACACACUGCAGCAGCAGCGGCAGCAGCAGCCGUCGCUGCCUCCCGAGCAACAGCCACGGAAACACCCUCGCCGCCCCCGCCCCCGCCCUCGCACAGUCCUGCCAACACCGAAGACGAACGCCUGUCGCCAGAGGAGCCUGCGCAGCUGCCAACGCCCAAAAUUCUCGGCUCGUGCAACUGCGAUGAUCUCAUGCCGGUGCAAUGCCAUCUGGAGACGAAGGAGCUGUGGGACAAGUUCCACGAGCUGGGCACAGAAAUGAUCAUCACCAAGUCGGGCAGGCGCAUGUUUCCCACUGUGCGUGUCAGCUUCUCUGGGCCGUUGCGUCAGAUACAACCACCCGAUCGCUAUGCCGUCCUGCUGGACGUAGUGCCCCUGGACUCGCGUCGAUAUCGCUACGCCUACCAUCGCAGCUCGUGGCUGGUGGCGGGAAAGGCGGACCCGCCGCCCCCCGCCCGAAUUUAUGCACAUCCCGACAGCCCCAUCAGUCCCGAAGCUUUGCGCAAGCAGGUCGUCUCCUUCGAGAAGGUGAAGUUGACGAAUAACGAAAUGGAUAAGAGUGGACAGGUCGUGCUCAAUUCUAUGCAUCGCUAUCAGCCACGCAUCCAUUUGGUGCGUUUGAGUCAUGGCCAGAGCAUCCCGAACAGUCCCAAGGAGCUGCAGGAUAUGGAUCAUAAAACCUAUGUUUUCCCGGAGACUGUAUUCACGGCCGUUACGGCCUAUCAGAAUCAAUUGAUUACAAAAUUGAAAAUCGAUUCAAAUCCGUUCGCAAAAGGAUUUCGUGAUUCGUCGCGUCUGACUGACUUUGAUAGAGAUCCCAUGGACUCGUUUUUUUUCGAUCAGCAUAUGCGCGCUCCGCUGCGCUUCUUUCCCGAUCCACUGAUGGCCCAGCUCUCCCCCCAAGAAGCCGACGCCGCUUCGCUCGCUUUCCUGGAGAAGGCGCGUCAGCAUCUGCAAAUGUUUGGACGAUCUCCAUACACGGAUAUGUUGCUCCCACACCUUUAUCAGCGAGCAGCCCCAGCGCCGCCAGCUCUGAGCGCCUUUCAGCUAGGCAUGUGGCAGCAGCAGUGGCCGCAGUUGACCGCUGGCUUUCUGGCCAGUGCUAAUCAACAGGCGGCCUUUGCAGCAGCGGCAGCGGCGGCUGUAGGAGCCAAUCGGACACCACCUCCACCGCCGCCUCCAGCAGUGAGUGCAGCUCCGCCAACAACAACAAAUGCCCAGCCCAUUGUCUUGGCCUCGCCGCCUGCCGCCCCCGCCACUCCCACCUCGUCGUGUGGCUCUCCCUCCCCAGACUUGCGCAUCAAGACGCAUCUGCAUCCGGCGCAUUAUCCCCAGCGCUUCAGUCCGUAUCAAGUGCCGCAGCAUCAGGCGUCGCCGCCUUCCCCCCUGCCACUGCAACAACACCAACAGGCGCGGCAGACGCCAGAGCUGACGCCAACCCUUGUCUCACCACCCUCGUGCAGUCCAUAG